ACUGUUCCACUGGAUCUCGGAUGGUUUCCAGCACAUUUCGAAGAAACCAGAAGAAGCCUGUAAUAUUCCUAUCCUAGAUAGAUUUCCAAAGCCUUGGUUUCUUUGAACACUCCGUGAAAAUGAGACUUUAUGUCUGUACGUAUUGUUUACGACAUCACCGCCCAUAUCCGAAUUUAUGAAUUAAGAAGAUACCUAAGAAGAAUCUCUUAUUACGGCAGCGGAACUAACGACAGCUUAUACAGUUGUUAAACAUCAUCAAUCUUUCUCUUCACUUCGUCACGAUGUAUCGCCACGAUGUAUCCCGACUCUAAAAUCGCAGCAAAAAAGUCCACGGCAAGAACGAAGGCUCCACAUUCUGUGUCCGAAAUAAAAAAAUUGCAAAAAGUUUCAUAUUACGGAAUAGGCACUGAUACGUCCAAUCACAAAGCUCAAAAGAUGUUUCCUCUACUUGUUCAAUAUUUUACCGAACACUAUGGUAUACAACAGAAGCUAUUGAAGUUUGAUUCUUGAAAAAAUGAAACGUCGGAAGCUAUUUCCAAAUAUUGUCUCGAUACUUUAAGACAUUUGCAGAUUCCACUGGAUAAGUUAAUUGCUUUUUGUGGGGACAACACCAAUACCAACUUUGGAGGGCUUGAACGGAGCGGCCAAAGCAACGUUUUUCAUAAAAUUAAAGAAGACAUCUUUUAAUCUAUUAAAGGAAUUGGAUUGGAAUUCUGAACAAUACUAUGUCAAGCGCUGCUGGAAUCUUAUCUUUGGAUGUCGAAGUUAUCAUCCUUAAAAUAUUUAAUGAUUUUGCAAUAUACACUGUUAGGACGGAAAAGCUGAAGGUGUUCUGCUCGUUUGUUAAUAUUAAUCACCAGAAUCUUCUGUCACACUCAAGAACAAGAUGGCUGUCAUUAAUGCCCGCGGUUGAAAGAAUCUUGAAACUUUGGACACCACUCAAAUUUUUGUUUGACUCAGAAAAAAGGCCACCUAAAAUUAUUUCAGAUUUCUUUAAAAGGCCAAUUAGUGAAAUUUAUUUCCAGUUUCUGCAUUCCAACUUGAAUUUGUUUGAAAAAAAAAAACAAAAAAAGCGUUGA